UCUUUGAUCUUCCAUACUUCCUUUGUUCCUUCCCCUUUUUCCUCUUCCUGCUUACUCCUUCCUUAUUCCCUCUUCUCCUUUCCUCGCUUUUUUCCUUCCUGUCCUUCCUCCUGUCGUUGUGUUACUCGUCCAUCUGUGAGCUGUGUUGUCUCGUGUCUCGCAGUUAAUUGAGUGGAUGAGUGUGGGUGUCAGCAGUAUUGAGACUCGGCCCUCCCAGCUGUGGGACUGACUGGGCGGCUGUGCGGUGAGUUCACCGCACUGUAAUCUGAGCCCGCGACCGGCCGACUGUAUUUUGGGAUGUUUUACAUGAGGCAGGACAAAGACACGUUUCCAGGCGGCAGCCCGGAGUGAGCAGAUGUUCGAGCUCUGGGAACAGAAGAAGAAGAAGAAGAAGGAGGAGGAGGAGGAGGAGGAGAAGAAGAAGAAGAAGAAGAAGAAGAAGAAGAAGAAGGAGGAGGAGGAGGAGGAGGAGGGACGGUGUUUGUGCAGAAGAAGAAGACUUGGACUCAGACGACUGACAGCUGACCUGUUCUCACCUGGUCCUGGCCUCACACAGAUAUGGCUGAAGAUGUCUGUGGAUUCUGAUAACUCCUUUGUUUUGCUGUCAUCGCGAGACUCCAGGACGUCCUGCAUCUUCCAGACUGCAGACGAGAAGGAUGACAUCCCAGGAGUGGGAGAGGAGAGUGUUCUGGAGAUGCUGAGCUACUCCAAGUUCUCCGACCUGGAGACAUGGCUGUGUAUGCCGUCCUCCCUACUGCUGCCCAGGUCUCUGGACUCCACCCGCACCUCCUCCGCCUCCUCCUCCUCCUCACAUGGGUCCAACCACUCUUCUCCGCCGAUCUCCUCCUCCUCGUCACCAGCCUCCAACUCCCGUCGCUCCACCUGCAGCGAGCCAGGAGAGAUCGGCUCACCACUCAGGUCAUCAGAGUCCACCUUCCUCAGCCCUGCACUGGAGAAGGAGAUGCCAUUUCUAACCACGUCCCUCCUCCCCAUCCUGUCCUCCACCCCUGCUGCUGCUGCAGUGCUGAGUGCGGGGAAAUCAGCCGGAGACUCCGCCCCCUCCAGCGGCGUCAGCUUCAGGAAGAGGCGGCGGCUCGCUGCCAGUCCUGGAGGCCUCCACUGGAACUCUGCAGGUUCGUUGCAACGCGAUUUCUGGUCACCUGAUCUGUCUCUGGUGUCGGGGGGGAACACGGCAGCAGCAGGAGGUGCAGGUGGAGGUGGAGGAGGUGGGGGUGCGAGGAGCCUCCCCCUGGCUGAGGGAGGCGGGGCGGCGUGGGCCAGUGACCGGGCGGCCCUCAGGAAGACGGUUUCGGUUGACGACCGAAUGCUGCAGCCGGCAGGCGGAGAGCAACCACACCUGAGGCUGCUGAGUCGACUGGAGAGAGGCAGGAAGAAGCUGCACAACAUCCACAAUCUGGGACCGACGGGCCGAUACGACAGCAGGAAAAAGUCGGACAGUAAGAUCUCUCGGUUGGCUCAGAAGUGGAACCAGAGACCGGCAGGAGAUGCUCUGAUUAAAGACCUGAAGCCGCUGCUGUACACGGGAAUCCCCCGAUCCUCACUCAGCCUGGACAGCAGACGCCUCCCGGGUGUUAUGAACCAGCAGAUGCAGAACCUGCAGUUGUCCCAGACCAGGAAGGGCCCCAGUGGGCCGGCCUCCCCGAGCGCCGCCAAGCGCCUCUACAGGAACCUGUCGGAGAAGCUACGAGGAAGCACCUCCUCCUUCGAAGAUGCCUACUUCUUCGGCAAGACGGACCGCCUCCGCAAAGCCUCGACCAUGCAGGGCAGUGACUGUAUCUUCGAGGCGGUGGAGCAGCAGGACCUGGACACGGUGCAGAUCCUCCUCUACCAGUUCUCAGCAGACGAGCUGGACCUGAACACCCCCAACAGUCAGGGCCUGACGCCGCUCGACAUCGCCAUCAUGACCAACAACACGCCCAUCGCCAAACUGCUGCUGAAGGCUGGCGGCAAGGAGAGUCCACACUUCGUGAGCGUGGAGAGUCGGGAGGCCCACCUGAGCUCGCUGGUGCUGGAGGCGGAGCGGCGGGCGGCGGACCUGGCGGCUCAGGCGCAGAGAGACGGCCUCUCAUUGGAGGCCUGCCACAAGGACAAGCAGCUGCGAGCCUGGGAGUGGAGGAGCAAGCUGUACAAACGCAUGAGGACGGGCUUCCAGCACGCACGUCCCCCGGAGGCCCCGUCUAUGGUCCGUCUGAGCGUGAGCAGUAGCACCACGCUGACGGUCACCUUCCAGGAGCCGCAGUGUCUCAACUCCACCGUUGUGACCAAAUACAGAGUGGAGUGGAGCUGCCUGAAGGAUUUCUCGCUGCUCGCCGGAGAGAUGGUGUUGGAUAAUCUUCAGACUCUCAAGUGCAUCAUCAGCAGCCUCACCACGGGUCGGCUCUACUACGUCCGAGUGUCGGCUUAUAACAUGAGGGGCUGGGGUCCAGCUGCCUCCUCCCUCCCUCCAUCUGCAGCUCCGUCCAAUUGGAGGGAGAGCGACGGCCGGGAGCCGCGGAGGCGGGGCCACAUCGAGGCCAUGGAGCGUCUGCUGCAGCAGGUCCGAGCGACUCACACACACUACUGCUGCGGAGACGCAUCGAAGCUCCAGAACCCGAGCAGGAAGCAGUCGGUCUCCAGGAGUCUGAAACACCUCUUCAACUCCUCCAACAAGUUCGUGAAAACACUGAAAAGGGGGAUCUACCUGGCGGCUGUGUUCUACAAUAAGGACAGUUUACUGGUGACAGCCGAGGACCAGAUCCCCAUCGUGGAAGUGGACGACUCCUACAGCAGCUCCCUCAUGCAGGACUUCCUGUGGUUCACCAAGCUGUCCUGUAUGUGGGAGGACGUCCGGUGGCUGAGACAGAGUAUGUCAGUGUCUAUGUCGUCGUCCUCCACCCUGCAGGCCCGGCACAAGAUGCUCACCGCCGCCAGCCAGCUGCAGAGCCUUCUGGGAACUCACAACCUGGGCCGCGUCCACUACGAGCCUAUUAAGGAUCGUCACGGCAACGUGCUGCUGGUGACCAUCCGCGACACGGAGAGCCAGCACUCACUGUUCAGCGGGAAGUGGAUGCAGGUGACCAAACUGCAGAGCCAGAGGAAGUCCCUGUCCACGCCCGAGGAGCCGUACGCCCUCGACAUCCUCAUCAUCACCAUCCAGGAUAUUUUGGCGUACCAGCGGCGCAGCACUCACCGGCUCGCCCCGGGCCUCUACCUGGGCUUCCUGAAGCUCAGCAGCUCCGUAGACCAGAUCAAGGUCCUGGUGUCCCAGCGGACCCCCAACAUGCUCUGUCACACCCGCAUCCGAGACAACGCCAACGUCUCCAGGGAGGAGUGGGACUGGAUCCAGACGUUAUCAGCUGCAGGAGAGAAGGAGCGCAGCGGGGAGGAGAGUGAGGAGGUGGGGCCCCGGGCUGAAAGCCACGCCCCUUUACUGUACUACGAGCUGCAGACGGCGAUCAAGUCUCUGCUGAAACACAUCAACCUACCUCUGCACCAGGCCCGUCACUUCCGUCUCUACAGUCAGGAGGUGGUGGAGCUCGGUCACGGCGUCUCCUUCCUUCUGCUGCUGCCGCCAGCAGACAACGUUUGCUCCGCCCCCGGACAGUCCAACCCCUACUCCCCCCUGUCAGGGUUCCUCCACCUCCCUCUGCAGAUGUUUGAGCUCGUUCACUUCUGCACCUACAAAGAGAAGUUCAUCAGUCUGUACUGCCGCCUGUCCUCCGUCCUGGACCUGGACGCCCUCAUUACCCAGCAGGCACUGCGAGAAGCCAUCACUGACAGCGAGGUGGCCACAGCCAAGCAGAGGCACCAGCUCAUACUGGACUACAUCCAGCAGCUGGACGAGAUGCGUCGAGAUCUCCGCUGGAUCACGGACGCGCUGCAGUACGCUCGCUACAAGCAGCCUCGCGGCGGCGUCCCCAUCAACUGCCUGGUGGACGCCAACGCUCCAGACAGCGACUCCAGCCAGCAGAAAACUGACUCCACCUCGUCCACCAUGGACUACCUGCCCACACCUUCGCCCUCACCUGAGCUCCGCAGACGGAAAGCCAUCAGCGACUCUCUGCUGGGUUCCGAUGAAGACGGGUCCUCGGAGGUUUUCCUUCCAACGGACAGCGACUACGACUCCAGCGAUGCCCUGAGCCCCCGCGAGCUGGACCUGCUCUACUCCCCGGCCCAGGACCUGGCCCAGCAGGCUGUGCACUCGCUGGGCGGCAGCGCUCCAGAUGUGCUGCAGAUCCACGAGCUCAGGUACAGCAUCUGCCCGCCCACAGACCUCCCCCUCUCCCCGGGGGUGAAGGAUCCUGGAUCUAAAGAUGCUCCCCUCUCCUCACCCCUCCUCCCCCUCUCUCCGUCUCCAUCCAAAGACUUCCCGCUCUCACCCUCCCUCUCCAGGACCUUCCCCACCUCUCCGUCCAUGCCCCUGUCCCCCAGGUUCUCCAAAGACCUGCCCCUGUCCCUCCCCCUGUCCCCGGCACUGUCUGACACCACCAGGACUCUGGAGGGCCUCUCCCUCUCCAGGAGCCACCACGAGGGCGUGGCUCCCCUCAGGGCCCUCACCAACCCUCCCGCCAAACGCAAACUUCUCUCCAGGAGCCACCGGGGCCAGUACUUCAGCGGGCCCCAGCGCUGGCUCCGGGGCCACAGCAGCGAGACCCACAGCGGAUCUUUAUCAGAGGGCGUCUACACCAAGCAGCCCGACCCCGACCUGCCUCCGCCCGGGGACCUGCCCUCCACCUACGUGAGCCACGCCUCCUGCAUCCUGGAGAGCCGCAAGGGCCGACAGCGGGAGCCGCGGCCCCACGUCCGCCGGAUCUUUGUGGAGCCCUGUAAGCUGGAGGGGAGGGGCCAGGAGGAGGAGCAGGGCGGAGACACAGCAGAGGCUGCAGGCGUGUCGGUGGUCGUGGCACAGGUGGAGUCAGGAGGUGAGGGGGAGGAGCCAGAGGGAGCCUCCACACAGGAAGUAGACUCAGACGACCAAACCAACGCCCAAGUGUCAGAGAUCCUGAGCAGCACGCUGUAGAGAGCAGCAGCAGUGCUGAUUGGCCGAGCCCUCAGACCUCCUCAGACUGUAAACCAAACUAAAGUUGCUGGUUCAACUCUGCCAAGCCUCAGACCCACGGCAUCGACUGUUACAAAGAGAAUUAUCAAUGCAACAACAACAAACGGAGUUCCCGACAGGAACUUUGACCACUUUGACCAAAAACAGUCGGUUUGAUUGAUUUUCUUCCUCGUUCAGCUCGACUUCAUCAAACUCUGCAGUCGAGUCGCUGGACGAGUUCUUCUCCUGGCGGCCGUCUUCAGACUGAGAUUCUCCUGGAGCCUGAAGUGAAUGUUUGCUGCCGUCUCCUCCUCCAUGUGUUCCUGAGCUGCUCCUGUCGGGUCUCAGCGUGGUCGGAUCAACCUGUGGUCAGUUUAAACAGAGAGAUGAUAUAUAUUUCAAUAUGAUUCCUGAGAAACACGCGAGCUGCCUCAGAACUAUUUUUAUAGUGUCGGAUCACAGAUGUGCUAUUUUAACUGUGUUUUGUUGGCAUGAAGUGUCGGUCCGGUCUGUGCCUCCUGCUGGUUCAGCAUGAAGACAUCAGGGGGUUCUGGUCGGGGAGUCGGACUCGCGCGGUGUUUGUGUCGUGCUGUCGUGUUGACUUCCUGCUCCUGUGUUUCAUGUUCUGGGUUCACUUUUAUUACGAGCACUAACCUUGUUCUCCCUGUGGACUCUGUCUGAACACUUUCUUUCAACAUGUAUGCACGGUAUUUUAAAAGUGUUUUUAAUGUUUGCACAUUGCAAUUAUGGAAUAAAAGCUAAUUAAAUAUAUUUGAUGCAACUGGGCAUUAA